CAUGUGAAGUGACAGAUACAGAUACAUCUUGACAGAUACGCAUUCAGUCGGUAGAUUUGGUUUCAAAAGUUAAUUCUGUAGGUUGGAAAAUAGCCUGGAUCAAUUCGUUCCACAUCCAAUAUGAAUUUGGCAGCCACGUUCUCAUAUCCCGCUGUAAAUUUGGGCGUUUAUGCUUCAAAUCAAAUUGGAAAGUGUAUGCUCUCUUUUUUCGAACAUGACAAAUCACUCGACGAUGCUAAUGUGUACAUAGUCGACACUGACCGAAGCUUCGAAUUGAAUUUGUACGAUGAAAAACUGACGCGUUUGGAAAAUAUCCCACCUGGUGAAGUGUUUCUGGUAGACUUUGGAAACGACGGCCUGCACCGUGUUGUUUGCAAUGACAUUCAAUCAUCACUGUUCUUCAUCGAUAGCGGUGAAAUCAUGCAAAUGUCCUCUGCAACUGGUUUGAAGAUGUUCUCUCUCUCACAGAGAGCUCAAAAGAUGUCGGCCCGAGGCAUUCCAUGCAAAAUAAUUGAGGUUCUUGACGAGCUUGAUAAUCAGAUUAAUGACCUUACCGAAAUUUUAUAUGAACAAAUCUGGUUCACCGUUCAUCACAUUGACGAAGGGUAUUUGGUUGUCACUCUGCACAAAACAAAACCAGUCGAAGCGGUUGAGACGAAAGGAAGAGGUUUACAAUUAACUCAAGAGCAGGUGGACAUGUUGUACGAAGAGCCCGCAAUAGUGACAACAAAUGCGCUUAAAGCAGUUCUUCAUUAUAUUCCUCGAGACGAUGAUCGCAUUUGCCAGCAUUAUGACUACAGAACUGGUCGCUGUUUCAAAGGAAAUUCAUGUACUCUUGAGCAUGUGGCACCAUUGAAAGAUGGUACACGUGAUCGCAAGGGCGCCAAGCACAAAUUGUUGGAUCAAUCACUACCAAUGGUCGGAGCCACGGUCAAGGUUUGUGUGACUUGUAUUGUAAGUGCAGCAGAAUUAUACGUUCAUAUACCGGAAAUAGCUGCGCGAACGAUGUCCGAUUCCCUCGAUAGAUUUAAGCAAAAAAUAAAUGCGGAAAAUAUGGUCGAACAAUAUCGACCGUUUGUUGGUUUGCCAGAUCUACACGAUCUUGUGCUGGUCAAAGUCAAGGGUGCGUUUUACCGCGGAAAAGUGAUCGAGUUGUUUGAAGACAAUACCCAAUUGGCAAUAUUCUUCGUCGACUAUGGGUCUGUAACAAUGGUACAUUGCAAAGAUGUUUUUCAAUGGCAUCCACUCUGGGAUACAACACCUGCUCAAGCAUACCGAUGCUUUUUGGAAAACAUACAAUUGCGCAAACAGAAUGAUGAAGAGGCCACAACAAUGCUGCGAAGUUUAAUACUUAACGGAAGUAGCGUUUCGGCAGAAAUUAUUUCGUGCGCCGAAGACUUGUACGUUCGUCUUUUUGAUGAAAAUGGUUUCGACAUUGGUGAAACACUGUAUGCCAAUGGGGUUGCACAUCUGAAGCAAAGGCUCGUUCCGAUUUCAACACGAUUCCCAGGAUAACUGAAAAUCUAGCUGUGACUCAUCAAGUCUAUUUGAAGGAGAACAGCAUCAUUUUUGAUAGCUGAAAUAUGAGCUCUGAAAUCAAACCAAAGUGGUCUACUUUGCAUAGAAAUCUCGAUUAAACUGCAAUUUUUUGAACUGAAAGUCAAAUUAUGAAGGUUACUAUAAGUUAAGAAUUUAUUUAAUUUUUUUAACCGUAUUUUUAACAAUUAAAUUCUUAAGGAAAUAAACUUAAUUUAACGAUUCAAA